AUGAGGUUUCUGGCCCUCGGCCUCUUCUGCCUGUUGUGCGUUAAUGCAGUUCGGCUGGACAGGCGCCAUCCCGGACCCAUCACAGCCAGAAGGCAAAAUGAGAUUACUGUCAAAACCAAAGCCGUGGAGAAUCCUUGCAAAGCCACCCCGCUGGAUUUUGUCUUUGUCAUCGACAGCUCCAGAAGCAUCCGCCCCAAUGACUAUGAGAAGGUCAAGACCUUCAUCAUCAACCUGAUUCAGUUCCUCAAGGUUGGCCCUGAUGCCACACGGGUUGGUCUGCUCCAGUAUGGUAGUGUGGUCCAGCCUGAGUUCUCCCUCAAGACCUACACUCAUAAGGCUGAGGUGGAGCAGGCGGUGAGGAACAUGCAGCACCUUGCCACAGGGACCAUGACUGGUCUGGCCAUCCAGUACACCAUGGAGACUGCCUUCACAGAGGAAGAGGGAGCGCGACCAGCGAACUUGCACAUCCCACGAAUUGCUAUGAUUGUGACUGAUGGGAGGCCUCAGGACACGGUGGAGGAGAUUGCGGCUGAGGCGAGGCAGGCUGGCAUCCAGAUCUUUGCUAUCGGAGUGGGCAGGGUGGAUACGAACACCCUGAAGGCCAUAGGGAGCGAGCCACACUCUGAGCAUGUGCACCUGGUGGCCAACUUUAGCCAGAUAGAAACCCUCAUCUCCGUGUUCCAGUCCAAACUGUGUGGAGGUUCAGAGAUGUGCGAGGUUAUGGACCAUCAGUGCCAACAUAUCUGUGUGAGCAGCCCUGCUUCGUACAGGUGCAAGUGCAGGAAAGACUUCACCCUCAACCCUGAUGGCAAGACAUGCAAAGAGAUUGAUCACUGUGCUGCUGGCGCCCAUGGGUGUGAACAGGACUUCACGAAUACCGAAGGCUCCUGCGUGUGUAAAUGCAGAAAUGGCUACACACUCAGACCUGAUGGGAAAACUUGCAAGAAGAUUGAUCAGUGUGCUGAUGGCGCCCAUGGUUGUGAACAGGAGUUUAUAAAUACAGAGGACUCCUGUGUGUGUAAAUGCAGACCAGGCUACACACUCAGGCCUGAUGGGAAGACAUGCAAGAAGACUGAUCACUGCGCUGAUGGGAAACAUGGCUGUGAACAGGACUUUGUGAGCGCCGGAGAUUCAUGCGUGUGUAAAUGCAGAAAAGGAUACACACUCCAACCUGAUGGCAAAACAUGUCAGAGUCUGGAUCCAUGUCAGGCAGUGGACCAUGGCUGUGAGCAUCAGUGUGUCAGCACCGCUGGCUCCUACACCUGCAGGUGUUUUGAGGGAUUUAUGUUGGAUGAAGAUGGGAGGAGCUGCAAAAAAGCAGAGUGUGGCGAUGGAGUAAUGGAUCUGGUUUUUGUGAUUGACGGCUCUAAGAGUCUGGGCCCUGCCAACUUUGAGCUGGUCAAACAGUUUGCAAACGGCAUUGUGGACUCACUGGACAUUUCCAAGACAGGCACACAUGUUGGCCUUCUUCAGUAUUCCAGCAAGGUCCGCACAGAGUUCACCCUGGGCCAGUACGCCACAGCGCAGGACAUCAAAAAGGCUGUGACCCGGAUGCAGUACAUGGGGAAAGGUUCUAUGACUGGCUCAGCCUUACGCCACAUGUUUGAGUUCAGCUUUUCAGCCAAAGAAGGCGCCAGGCCGAACAUCCCACAUGUCAGCAUCGUGUUCACUGAUGGAAGAUCACAGGAUGAUGUUUCUGAAUGGGCUAAUAAAGUUAAAAAGUCUGGAGUCACCAUGUACGCCUUGGGUGUUGGCAAAGCCAUCGAACAGGAGCUGAGAGAAAUAGCGUCAGAGCCUGAUGAGAACCACCUAUAUUAUGCUGAGGAUUUUGGAAAGUUGGGAGAAAUCACAAAGAAGCUCAAGUCCAGGAUAUGUAAAGACAAACCAUCUGAUGUAAACAUGUGCAAGUGCGAGAACGUGUUAAUGUUUCAAAACCAGGUCACUGAGAAGCUGAAGAACCUGGUGCAGAAUAUUGAAGCCGUGUCAGAGAAGCUGGAGACACUCGAGAAUCAACUUGCGCACAAAUAAAAGGCUGAGACCCGUCCUUCUCUCUUUUGACCUGCAGCG